AUGACUGAUUUGAAUGCAGGAAAUGAAGAUGGAGGCGGUCAAAAGAAGAGUCAAAAAAAGCAGAAGAAGCAAGAUAAGUGGAGAGCAGAAAGACCAAGAGAUCUGUUUGAAAAGCUGGAUUCUUUACCCGAAAGCAAGCAGCAGGAGAUUCAAAGGGCCCUCCAUCUUUUCUCUUUCGGACAAAGCAUGCCGACAACGGUGCAGCAGGCCGUCAGACGAAACUACAAGUUCUGGCACACGCAGCCCGUCCCCAAACUCGGUGAAGUGGUCAUCAGCCAUGGCCAAAUCACGGAAUGCGACGAAAGCGCUCGCGAGGAACCUUACUCGCUACCGCCAGGCUUCUCUUGGGACAACCUGAACCUUAGCAGUCCCGCACCGCUGCAAGAAUUGCGUGCCUUCCUCAACGAAAACUACACCGAAGACGACGACAACACGGUCAUGUACGACUUCUCCGAGGAUUAUCUGCGCUGGGUCUUACAGCCCCCGAAUUGGCGGGCCCAGUGGCACUGUGGCGUCAGAGUGGAUUCCAAUAAAAAGCUGGUAGGCUUCAUCGCCGCCGUCCCCGGAGAUGUGUGCGUAUACCACACGGAGAAGCGGAUGGCGCAGAUCAAAUUUCUCUGCGUUCACAAGAAGCUGCGCCUCAAGCGAAUGACCCCGGUUCUGAUCCGUGAGCUGGCCAGACGGGUCCGCCGGCAGGGUGUCGCCCAGGCAGCGUACGCCGCCGCCGUGGUGCUGCCCACGCCUAUCAGCUCCUGCAGAUUAUGGCAUCGACCUUUGAACCUUCGCAAGCUGACUGAGCUCCAGUAUCCGGGCAUCCGAGCAGACAUGCCCUUUCAGCGAGCUCUCAAAUUCUACCGCCUGCCUGAGGACACCAAGACGGCAGGUUUACGUCCGAUGACCAGAAAUGACAUUGAGAAGACACGAGAGCUUCUCCAAGCAAAUCUCAGCAAGUUUCAGCUCAAAGCCAACUGGUCCUCGGAGGAGAUCGAGCACUGCUUCUUGCCCAGGGAGGAUGUGAUCGACACCUAUGUGGUGGAGGUUGAUGGUGCUCUGACAGAUGUUGUGAGCUUCUACGGUAUCUCCUUCAAAGUUCUCAACCAUCAGCUUCACAGCAGCUUGAGAGCGGCUCAUUUCUUUUAUGUGGCGUCGGAUGGCAGUGGUGACCUUGUCCAGCUUGUGGAGGAUGUUCUGGUUCUGGUCAAAUCUAAAGGCUAUGACAUCUUCAUCGCUGCCGACGUGAUGGAUAACAAGCGUUUCCUGGAGAAGCUCAAGUUCAGCUUCAGCGGCAAGCGGCUUUAUUACUACUUGUAUAACUGGAAGUGCCCCAGACUGAGUUCAGACAACGUGGGCCUGCUCCUACCUAACUAA